AGUGUAGCGGCGGGAGUCGGCGCCGACGCAUCGCUUCACAUCCCUAUCCUUGAUCCACUGGUAUGGCCGUUCUCUAGCCACCUGGAGAGGAAGUGGACGUUUUGUAAGAGCGAUACCUGCUGCAGAUCAGAAUGACUUUUACAGGCAUUCCGUGCAGAAUGUUGAAGCUGUAGCCAACAGGCUAGUCCUCUGAGGCUAAGCUCAUAGCUCGAGGGCACGACAUUUCGUCAUUUUCCCUGUCGUACACUUCAUUUCGUCAAAAGGAACGCUGUCUGUGGCCAGCAUUUCAUAUAGAAGAAAUUUGAUGUCCAUCUCGUUUCACUACAGAUUCAAAAACACAAUUUCCCGAUGACCCGAAGAUAAGGAUUAGCUGCCACAAGAUCAGAGGAAAACGAUGAUGCGUUCUUGAAAAUAAAUCCGUAUGGCUUAAAAGGAGCUACUGUUUUCAAGAGAGCUGUGUUCCACAGAUUUUGAAUUAACCCGAAGGAUUGUGCUCAGACGCAAACGAAGAUGGCUACUAUCGACGGGCGGCCGGCGCAGUACGGCAUCACGCUGAAGCAGCUGCGUGACCUGAUGGAACUGCGUGGCCGUGAGGGCAUUGGCAAGGUCAACGAGCUCGGCGGGGUUCAAGAAAUCUGCAGGAAGCUCUACACCUCUCCCAGCGAAGGUCUCAGUGGAUCAAAGGUAGACAUUGAACACAGGCGAGAAACAUUUGGUUCAAAUGUGAUACCACCAAAACCACCUAAAACGUUUCUGCAACUUGUUUGGGAAGCUCUUCAAGAUGUUACUCUUAUCAUUUUGGAGGUUGCUGCUUUGGUAUCACUUGGUCUUUCUUUUUAUCAACCAUCAGAUGACGGAGCUGCACAUUUUGAUGAAGAUGAAGCAAAACAUGGCUGGAUAGAGGGUUUGGCCAUUCUCAUCUCUGUAAUAGUAGUCGUGAUUGUGACAGCAUUCAAUGAUUACACAAAAGAAAGACAGUUUCGGGGUCUACAAAGUAGAAUUGAAGGUGAACACACAUUUUCUGUGAUAAGAGGUGGUGAAGUUAAGCAAAUUUCUGUUGGUGAUAUAGUUGUAGGCGACAUAUGCCAGGUGAAAUAUGGGGAUCUCCUUCCAGCAGAUGGUAUUCUUAUACAGAGCAAUGACCUUAAGAUCGAUGAAUCUUCGUUAACGGGAGAAUCAGAUCAUGUGAAAAAGGGAGAGUCAUUUGAUCCCAUGGUAUUAUCAGGAACUCAUGUAAUGGAAGGCAGUGGCAAGAUGUUGGUAACUGCAGUUGGUGUAAACUCCCAAGCUGGUAUAAUUUUCACCCUUCUGGGGGCUGCUGUUGACCAACAGGAGGCAGAAAUAAAGAAGAAGAAGAAAGAAGCUAAGAAACAGCGGAAGAAGAAGAGCUUGACAGGAGCUGCUGAAGAACCUGAGGCAGCACCUGUUACAGGAAACAGCCAUGUGAGUGUCCCAGCUGCACAAAUUACAGACAGAACAGCCAACAAACACAGUGCUGAUGUUCCUCCACCUUCAGAAAAUCACGCACAGGCCCCACCACCGGAAUCUCACAAGAAAGAGAAAUCUGUACUUCAAGCCAAGUUGACAAAACUUGCAAUACAAAUAGGAUAUGCAGGUUCUAGUAUUGCUGCUUUGACAGUGGUAAUACUUGUUGUGCAGUUCUGUGUUAAAACAUUUGUUUUUGAAAAAGAAACAUGGAAGACAUCAUAUGCUAAUGAACUUGUGCGACAUCUGAUCAUUGGUGUUACCGUGUUGGUUGUUGCUGUACCUGAAGGGCUUCCACUUGCUGUAACCCUGUCACUGGCAUACUCCGUCAAGAAAAUGAUGAAAGACAACAACCUGGUUAGGCAUCUUGAUGCCUGUGAAACUAUGGGAAAUGCUACUGCAAUUUGCUCUGAUAAGACUGGCACUCUUACCACUAACAGGAUGACAGUGGUACAAACAUAUAUAUGUGAAAAAUUAAGCAAAACUUUACCAAAAUUCUCUGAUAUUCCAGAGCAUGUGGCCAAUCUAAUGGUUCAAGCUAUAUCCAUCAACUGUGCCUAUACCUCACGUGUAAUGCCACCAGAUGAACCUGGAGAAUUGCCAAAGCAAGUUGGAAACAAGACAGAGUGUGCUCUUCUGGGAUUUGUUCAAGCCAUGGGCAAAAAUUACCAGACCGUAAGAGAUGACACACCAGAAGAGGUGUUCACAAGGGUGUACACCUUCAAUUCUGUGAGGAAGUCGAUGAGUACUGUGGUACCAAGACAGGGAGGUGGUUAUAGACUCUUUACCAAAGGAGCUUCAGAAAUAAUGUUAAAGAAAUGUGCAUUUAUCUACGGUCGUGAUGGACACCUGGAGAAGUUCACUAGAGAAAUGCAAGAUAGGCUUGUGCGACAGGUGAUAGAACCCAUGGCAUGUGAUGGUCUUCGUACCAUCUCCAUAGCGUAUAGAGAUUUUGUGCCAGGAAAGGCUGAAAUAAAUCAAGUUCACAUUGACAAUGACCCUAAUUGGGAUGAUGAGGAAAAUAUUGUCAACAACUUGACUUGCUUGUGUGUUGUGGGGAUUGAAGAUCCUGUCCGACCUGAGGUACCAGAUGCCAUAAGGAAGUGUCAGCGAGCUGGAAUCACUGUUCGGAUGGUGACUGGUGAUAAUAUAAACACUGCUAGAUCAAUAGCGUCAAAAUGUGGAAUUAUAAAACCCGGUGAUGACUUCCUUAUUUUGGAAGGCAAAGAAUUCAACAGGAGAAUAAGAGACAGCAAUGGAGAGGUUCAGCAACAUCUAUUGGAUAAAGUGUGGCCUAAGCUUAGGGUUUUAGCAAGGUCAUCACCAACAGACAAAUACACCCUUGUCAAGGGUAUUAUCGACAGCAAAAUAAGUGAUAGUAGAGAAGUAGUUGCUGUGACAGGAGAUGGAACUAAUGAUGGUCCUGCAUUGAAGAAGGCUGAUGUAGGAUUUGCCAUGGGUAUUGCUGGAACAGAUGUUGCAAAAGAAGCUUCAGAUAUCAUUCUGACAGAUGAUAAUUUCAGCAGUAUUGUCAAAGCUGUAAUGUGGGGCCGCAAUGUGUAUGACAGUAUAGCAAAGUUCCUACAGUUCCAGCUUACAGUUAAUGUGGUUGCUGUCAUAGUCGCUUUUAUAGGAGCUUGUGCUGUCCAAGACAGUCCACUCAAGGCUGUGCAGAUGCUGUGGGUGAAUCUGAUUAUGGACACACUGGCUUCAUUAGCUCUAGCAACAGAGAUGCCUACACCAGAUCUGCUUCUCCGAAAACCUUACGGAAGAACGAAACCUCUUAUUUCUAGAACAAUGAUGAAAAACAUUUUAGGCCAAGCAGUGUACCAGCUCUCUGUCAUUUUUGCACUCCUUUUUGUAGGAGAUAAAAUGCUAGACAUUCCAACAGGAAGAGAUUCACCCGUUGCUAGUCAACAUUUUACCAUUAUAUUUAAUACAUUUGUCAUGAUGACUUUAUUCAAUGAAAUAAAUGCUAGGAAAAUUCAUGGUCAAAGGAAUGUGUUUGAAGGAAUUUUUACAAAUCCAAUUUUCUACAGCAUUUGGAUUGGAACUUGCCUUGCUCAGGUCGUCAUCAUCCAGUUUGGAACAGUUGCAUUUUCUACUGCCAGUUUGACACUGGAGCAGUGGUUAUGGUGCCUGUUCUUUGGGGUUGGCACUCUUCUCUGGGGCCAGCUAGUGACCACGAUACCAACUAGAAAAAUUCCAAAAAUACUGUCAUGGGGUCGUGGUCACCCAGAAGAAUAUACGGAGGCGAUAGCUCUUGGCGAAGAGAAGUUUGAUCCUGAUUCUCAGGAUGGCAAGAAGCCUCGUGCAGGCCAAAUUUUGUGGAUUCGUGGCCUUACAAGAUUACAGACCCAGCUGCGGGUUAUCAGGGCUUUCAAGUCUACACUGGAAGAUCUGGAGGAACGGCGCUCUGUACAUAGUUUACACAGCUUACACAGUUUGCGCAGUUCGCGAAGCCACACUGGGCCCCGGCCCCUGUCGGACAUCACUUUCAUAGACGAGGAUACGGUGCGGACACCACCUUCACCGGGAGCCCGUGGGGCCACCCGGCAGCUGGAGCCUGCACUGCAGCAGGCCGCCGUCACAGCGCCGUCUCCGUCGGGGGCCGAGACCCAGCCCGUACAGAGUACUGCAGACCGCUCACCCUCCCGUCCUCGGCCCGCGCUCCAGGCGCACCACGCACACCCGUCGCCUGCCCACUUGCAGAAUCUAUCACCACAAACGACUGAUGCGAGCCCCUCCCCAUCCGCGACACAGCAGGUCCCACCUGAUUUACCCAAGCUGGUACACGAGACUAGCAUAUAAAUUCUGCAAUCAUUUUUAUCUAGUCUGAUGGCAUUGAGUUUAUCUAAUUGGAGUGGAGUUCUCCCAGUGACCCCGUCCGUUUGCCUUUCACCUUUCACAGCUCGCUAGGGACCCCCGCGUCUGCUCUUGGGCGGGAGAUGCAGGUUUGUGGUGGUGAUGCUGUAGCUCCUUAACAUUUAUCUUUAUUUUUAGUUUAUUACUACUGUUAAUAGCAAUAGUGGUUAAAUGGUUACAUGAAUGUUCUUUUUAUCUGUAAGACAGAAUACGGGGAGGGAGUGUGUAACUGGGAGCACUGCAUGUCGGUCGGUUGAAGUCAGAGGGGAGAUUAUGGGAUGGGAGUGCCGCAACAUGCUCUUUACCCCACUCACCUUACCACUGUUUAUUUUUCUUCACUUUGUGUGUGUGUGUGUGUGUGUGUGUGUGUGUGUGUGUGUGUGGGUGUGUGUGUGUGGUUUCUGAGUCUGUGUGUCUGUCUGCUUCUCUGUCGGAAGAUCUUGUAUGUUAUCUCCAUCUGCAUUUCACUAGUGCAGAGAGAGGGGGGGGGCGAGAGAGAGAGAGAGAGAGAGAGAGAGAGAGAGAGAGAGAGAGAGUGUGUUUUUUUUAGUAUGCACCUAUUGUGGGAACAGCAUGUGUGACUACUUCUUUCUACCUAUUUCACUUUUCAGCAUAAUUUUACCUGUUUAUGUGUAACCUUCUGUUUCUUGAUUUUGCUCUUACUCUCUGUAGAUACGGAUGUGUGUUUGUGACAAUACUUAUUUGAUGGUCUUUGUUUUAAUGCCUGUUUUCUCAAUUCCAGCUGUUAAGUUCUGUACGGUCGGUUCUAGGGGGGCCAGGGCUGUCUGCAGCAGGAAACCUUAGUUCCUACUCGCUGUAGAUGUGCCAGCUGCAGUUUUGAUCCCUCCCAUUCGAUUAAAUUUUCUUUUCAGUUAUGAAACAUGCUACUGUUUUUCUGACCAUUGUUACCCUUUACUCUUGAAGGUGAUAGGUGGUGAGUUGCAAGAACGUUUGAUUCCGGUCCCCUACAGCAAGAGCUCCACUGACCAAGCUGUAAGCUGCUUUCCUACUUUCUUUCUUGUCCGCUUGCAUUUAUUCGCAGUGGGGGUGUGACAGAGGCUGAGGGUGCACAUUAGUGGCUCCCACCCUGUUGCCCCUCCAGCCUCUGUUCAUUAGCCCUGCUGCUGCUUUUGUGGCAGUGAGAGGAGCUUUCUGUGUGUUGUGCCUUUGUAUAACAGUCUUGGUGUCUUGCCUUGUCCAACCUUUUCCUUUAGGAAACUGACUGUUAGUUUUUACUUUUUUUUUAACUUCAUUUUACACUACCCCACUUGUGAGCCCCAGUUUAGUUUGCGUGUAACGCGCGAGUCCUCAGAAUGGGGACACUCGCGGUACUCGCUUCAGGUAGGUGGCUAUUUUAAGUGCAUGGUUUUCUGUCGUUGGUUUGUGCACCUUUUCUGUACUUUUGCCACAUGCCCGCUCCCGCUCCUUUUCUUUUCUUUUUUUCUUUUCUCUGUUGCCGUCCGGCUCGGUCGGCCCGGCCCCAAUGUUGCAGGUGCCCCCAUCCCUCGCUGCAUGCGGAAACAGAACGGAACAAAUGACUCUGAGCCGCGCCUCUUACUUCAGAGUAACCAAUUUCAGAUGAUAAAAAUUUCUGCAUGGUUUUUUCCUUUUUGUUCCGCUGCAAGAGUUUCAUCUUUAGCGGUCGAGUGUGUUAAACGCCGGCUGGAAAAGGUGCGUGGUGUGUGUUAUUACAAUUUUCUUUCGCUACUAGAAACGAAAGUCGCCUGCCUGUUUUAAACUUUGAUAUCUUUUUGACACAAUCCGGGCGUGCAGUGCUGCUUUUGAUCAUUUUUCUUAUCAUAUAAGAUCUCAGAGUGCUCGUCGGCUGUUACUGGGUCGACUUACCCCAAGCUGAUGCCGAGACGGUCGACCGGCUGGUGUUGCGUUACUUAAACCUGUGCUUAAAUCUGCAAAGGUUAAAUAUGUAUCUGUACGUAUGUAUAGAGUUAAAUAUUAGACUGACAUUUAUUGCUGCUGUAUUGUGUUGUUAUUGGCUUGCAAUGUAAAUAAUAGGUGUGUUUUUGAUUGGCAAGGCAGUGUGCUGGUCAGGAAUGUUUUAAUAUUUUUCUUAAAUUUAAAUCAUAAUAUUACUGUUGAUUUUUCUCAGCUGUUGACAAGUAGCAUGAGUCCAUCAAUAUCAGCAUGAUGGCAACUUGGAGUUUGAUUUUUCACAGAUUGCGAGUUGCUUGGCCAGUAUGUCAACAAAUUUAACGAAUUGAGUCGCUGUGUUAUUGCAUGUUGUUGUGUUUAUUAACAUUUGGAAUUAGUAUUUUUUUAAAAUUUUGAUUCAGUUAAACAUUUACUAAAAUAUCAAAACUUAAAGAAAGGCAAACUUUAGUUCAAUGUUACAAAUGGCCAAUAGUUUUAAAAUUGUUUAAUUUUGCAAUUUUUAACUCGAGAAAAAACUUUGCUUGUAGCCACUAUCACUGCCAAGUACAACAAAGUUUAUGCAGGUACCUGGAUAGUUUUAUUUAAUUCCCUCUGCUUUAAAGAAAAACAUAAAUAAAAACAGAAAUGAAAUAAGUAUAAGCAGCUUUCCAGCAUUACGCUUAGGGUAUCCUUUUCAGAAAUAUGACCAUCCAACACAUUGUAGUCGUAGAAUUGUACAUCUAGAAAAUUAUCACAAAUGUAGUACUAUUCAGUAGCUUACGUACAUCCAGCUCAAAUCGCACUACACCAAAGUAUUACACUAUGGUAUGUAUGUAUGUAUGUAUGUACGUAUGUAUGUAUGUAUAUAUAUAUAUAUAUAUAUAUAUAUAAUUUUUUUUUUAAAUCUGAUAUAUUGAACUGCAAAUUGCCUGUGGGUAUUUAUCACUAUUGUUGCAAAACAAUUAACACUUCGAUCAAAAUUUUAUGUCGAUGGACUGCAAUCAGUGGAAAUGUCUCGAUGCUUUUACAUUAAUUAGGCCCCCUUGCCUAAUGUGCAUAUGCAUACAAAAUGUGAACUGGGAAGCUGUUCCAUUAUAAUGGAAAAAUAAUAAUUAUUACGAAUAACUAGACGAACUUUAGUACAUUUGAGGUGGCAGAGAAUGCCACUCCCCUUAAAUUUAUUGUUGAUGUAGUAAAGGUUCUAAUGUUGUUAAUCAAUAAACAGUUGUUAAAUGUUACUAGAUACUUAUAUUGAUAUUAAAUAUGAAUAAAGAAGUUAGGUAUUUUCAUAUUGUCAGUCAGUAUUUAUAGGAUGCAAUCGGGUAACUGUUAAAAACUUAAGUUUUUUGAUAAGUUUUUAAUUAUCUGAAUGUUUGUAGGCAACGGGCUAAUCAUUUCUGUUGCUAUAAUUUAAUUUAUUUUUAUGUUCACAUUGCAUCACAUGUUCUUAUAAGAAUGGAUUUCAAAAUUUGAUCAAUGCACUGCCAUACUUGUAAAGUCUUAUUGCAAAUUGGGUAUAUGCCAAUAUUAUUGGCACAUACCUUGUUGAUAUUGUACAUAAAAUGGCAGCUGUGCUGCUGACGGUACUGCUGUAAUAAGUAUCUUUAUAUCUAUAUAUCUAUAUAUAUAUAUAUAUACAAAUAAUAUAUAUAUUAUACAUAUUACUCAUACUUACAAAAAUUUGAUGAAACAUAAUAAACUGUAAUUUUAUGAUAAGAAUAUUUUAAUUCCCUUUCACCUCUACUUUUGGAAAUGAAAGGAAAGUAAAGACAGUCACAGGUCUUUAUAAUAAAAUAGUUUAUUUUAGUGUAUCAGAUAUUGUAGUGCCUUAUAACAUUUUAUAUAAAAAUGGAAAGACUUUGAAUUACAGAAAUUCUAGAAAUCUAUUGUAGGAAUUGUGUGAUUUCUGUAUAGCAUUUUCUAUCCAAAAAUACAUAAAUCAAACCUUA